UGAGUGCCUGUCUCCUGUGGUCUGUUUCUGUCUCCCGUUCUCUCCGUGCUGUGUGCGGCAGGAGGAAGGGGUGGUGGCCUUCUGCAAGCUGGAUGCGGAGGCCAGUGAGCUGCUGAAGGAGCUCCAGAACAAGCUCAACACCGUGUUGGACCAGCUGAGCGGGGUCUUCGGCUCCAGUUUCAAGCCGGUCAUAGAGGAUUGUGUGAAGCAAAUGAAUCAGGAGCUGGUGCAGAUUAAAGGCAACGUGGGCAACAAGAGUAAUGCUGCUAUGGAUGCUGAGACUGUUCUGAGGCCUCUUAUGGACCUACUGGACAAGAACUUGAUGCUGUUUGCCAAGAUCUGCGAGAAGACAGUGCUGAAGCGGGUUUUGAAGGAGCUUUGGAAAAUCGUGCUGAACACCAUCGAGAGGCAGAUCGUCUUGCCUCCGCUUACGGACCAGAGUCAAGGAGCUCAGAUGAUAUUUAGUGCUGCAAAGGAUUUGGGGCAAUUAUCAAAACUGAAGGAACACGUGAUCCGUGAUGAGGCUCGUAGCCUGACACCACGCCAAUGUGCAGCCAUGGAUUUAGUGCUUCCCACAAUCAAGCAAUAUUUCCACGCGGGUGGUAAUGGUCUUAAGAAGACAUUUUUGGAGAAGAGCCCUGAUCUGAAGUCCUUGAAGUACGCUCUCAGCCUUUACACACAACCCACAGAUGCCUUGAUCAAGAAAUAUAUAUGCACCCAGACCUCUCAAGGUCAGUCGUCCGAUGGACCAGUGGGGGAGGUGUCCAUGCAAGUGGAUCUCGUCUCUCAUCCAGGCACGGGGGAGCACAAAGUCAACGUGAAGGUGGUGGGAGUGAACAACCUCAGCUGGAAGACCAGCGCCAUGUUCCGGCCGUUCGUAGAAGUCAACGCCAUUGGGCCACACCUCGCUGACAAGAAACGCAAGUUCAGCACCAAAACCAAGAACAACAACUGGUCCCCCAAGUACAAUGAAACAUUCCAAUAUGUACUGAGCAAUGAACACGGUCCAGAGACCUAUGAGCUUCACGUCUCUGUGAAGGACUACUGCUUCGCCCGGGAGGAUCGAAUCGUUGGCAUGGCCGUUAUCCAGCUACGGGAGCUGGCUGACAAGGGAAGCCUGCCCGUCCUCUGCCCUCUAGUCAAGAACGUCUCCAUGGAUGAAACCGGCCUGACCAUCAUGAGGAUACUCUCUCAGAGGACCAACGAUGAGGUGGCUAAAGAGUUUGUGCGGCUCAAGUCCGACACAAGGUCUGCCGAGGAGGUGACGGAGGCAAAAAAAUAAAGUGAAACAUGCAGCGACGGAAAGCAGGGGAGGGGCAUCAGACGGACAUCCCAGCUGGCCCAAGGAGUUGUGUUGUUUGUUUUUGUGCAUGUGCGUAAAACAUCUGUUGGAAUGUUCAUUUUAAACUACAGUACGUACAAGUGUUUACCUAAUGUAUGCUCACUGUUAAGUACUAUAUUCUACAAGUUACGUUCAAGGGACAUUCGGUACAUUUUUGUAAGACAUUAGUCUUUUUGAACAGAAAUUUGUUCAGAUAAAGUGCCAAACCAGAGUUUAAAAAAGAACUAAAACAGAACGAUAUAAAACUAUGGCGAACUUGGUAUCUUUUCAAAAUUUGCUUGAUUUGUCCAGUGUAUAAUCAUUCUCUUUGGCCGUGUAGCGUUUUACUCUUUAAGUCCUCUCAUUUGCACCAGUUCGUUACACAUUCCUUCACACAACACUGGUUGUGCAUGUCCUGUGUUCGACCAUGUCUCUCCCAUGAGUUCACAGUGACCACGGCAAAGGUCAUGAGCCUGCGCCCUCCAGUUCUUUGUAUUUUGAGCCAACCCUUAAAAAAGAGACCAUUUUUUAAACGGCGAUGACUGCUAUUUCAGACUUCAUAGGUGUUUGUAAUUUUAUAACCAUUGACAACAAUGAAGACAGCCUCUUGUGCUAUCAGUUGAAAAAAGGGUGGAACAGUCUUUUCUUUAAUGCCAUAUUUUAUGUGUGUUUUUUUCAGUCAUUGGCUUCCAGCCCUUCUGAAUUAUCACUGUGAACACGAGCUUUGGAAGGCGGGCUUACAUAACAUUGCUGACGGUUUGAUAUUGUCGUUUCAUAUAGGAAAUAACUUUGUUCCUGAGAAACUGCCAAAGUUAUAUAAAAUGUUUGUACAAAAAAAGCAAUCCAUUACCUGUAUGAAAAAUAUAUAUGUACAUGUGCUAUAAGGAUUUUUUUUCAAAGCUACAUAUCCAAGUGGUGAUGGGGUGAUUUAUAAAGUUUUAUUUUGGAGAGUUAUGUGAAGCUGUUAACCAAUCUGAGAGUUGUAAAUGUUGCUUUACAUACAAGUUAUAUCAGCUUCUGUCAUUUCAUUUAUUUUCUUUACAAUGGAAAGAGUUUAACGUUUGGUAAUUAUGCAACAUUCCUAUGUAUUGCACUGAUGGCGAAUUGUAUGUCAUGUAAAUAUACUUAGUGAUAAAUUGUA